AUGUCCAAGACGAAAGCUAAGGCGCAGAGUGAGCACCUUUUCAAUCUCCAAGUGCAAGGAGACAAGUAUGCUCGGUUACUUGUAGAACAGAAGCAUCGACUGCGUCAACUGGAUGAUCACUGGAAAAAGGUCCACGAAGAGCUUAAAGGGUUGCGAUUAAAGCGUGGCGAGAGUGAUCAACGUGGUGGAGGCGUUAAUGCGGUUCGUACUCGUAUGGCGGACGAGCAACGAGAGCUCAUGAAGCUCGAGAACCGCCUCUCGGCGUGCAAAACCCGUGAGAGCAAAAUGGCUGCAUACAAUGCUGAACUUCGCAACCGCGUGGACGAGCUGCGAGCCAACCGAGUACUGAGCCAGACCGUGUUCGAGAAGAACCAACGUCGUCUGCGUGACAUUCAGAAGCAAAUGCAAGAGACUUUCCGCCAGUCGACUCAGAUCGUAGCCGAGCGCGACCGGAUUCUAUCGCAGGCGAACUCUUUAUCCGGUCAAAACGUGGACGAGCAGGAGGCUUUCGACCAGGUCUAUCAGAGUCUUGCAUCGAUAAUCAAGCGCGAGAAAGAGAGCGCUGAGGCUUAUCGGAAGCAGAUUCUCGAGCAGGAUCCGAUGGAUCUUGCCGACGACUUUGUUCGUGGGAAUAUGAAGCUGGAGGAUGAGCUGCAGCUCAAGAAAACACUGCAAAAGCUCGAUAUGACGAUGCUGGAAGACAAGCAGAAUAUCGCAUCAAUUAACGAGAAGCUACAGGAGUUUGAGACAACAUUUGCGGCUCUGCAGCAGGAGAUGGGAGUGGACGACUAUCAUGAGCUCGUUGAAGUGUACUCCAGGAAGGAAGAGGAGAAUUUCGCCCUCUUUCGCUACGUUCAGAGCACCAACAACGAAGUGGAGCAGCUUGAGGAUGAAAAAGAGGCUCUGGAGCGAGAGAUCCAGAAACUGAAGAGCGAAAUGCAAGACGGCAGUGCUAACGCUCGAAAGCGCAUGGUCGACGACCUUGUCGAGACGCGCCAAAAUAUUCUGAAAGAAAACGCAGAGGUAGAGCGGCUUCGAGCUGCAGCUGCUAGAGAAUUUCAGCCGCUUGCACGGGUUGUUGACCGACUCUACAACGCACUGGGCUGCAACGACGUCAUGCCGCCGGUAGUUGGAGCGUCCGGUGGAAAUGGCUCUGACCCUUCGAAGCGAACGAGAAAACAGCACGCAUUAACUCCAUGA